AUGAAGACGAGCCGGCCGCCAGCCGUCUCCUCACACUCGUCACACUCCCACCACCAUGGACACCAUGGACAUUCUCACACAGGUUCGCAGUCGUACCGCGCAUCCAAGUCGAGCACACCCAUGGCAUCUCCCCGCAUGCCCCAUUCCGUAGGACAGCCCUAUCCGCCCAAAGUGUCCCCGAGCGUCUCGGCCGGCGUAGCCCGAGUUGCGCAACAGGCCUCCCAAGAUGCACGGACGCCGAGCCCCAACUACUUUGGCCUCGCCGUCGAGGCGAGUGUCGACCCCAGAGACUCUGCCGCUGUGCCCAAUGGCAACUGGAGCCCGCCGUCGUCAUCAGUCAGGUCGUUCCAAGCCGCGAUACCGCAACAGCUGCCCCUCGAUGCGAACCCCGAAUUCGAGGCCUUCAAGCGCCAGGCGGAUGCCAAUCGUGGCAAGACGGGAUUCCUGCUCGGCAGUUCAUACCUGGCCGGAAACAUGCCUCACACACCCCAACCAGCGACGCCGGGCGGCGGCUUCGUUUUGAAACCGCCUCGAGCAUUGAAGAUGCCCGCGCAGGGAGGCGAGACAGUAGUAGACUCUCCAGCACCUAAGGCUCUGAGCCUGGCCGCUAUCAAGAGCAAAGGCGUGGAAAACAAAGAUGUGGCGUCGAAUCGCAUGGAGGUCGACGGCGACACCAACAGUCUCCACGAUUCGGCCUAUGUGUCAUCGGAUUCGAAGCGAAACUCCGAGGCGUCGCUGAAUCCUCCGUCCUUUUUCAAUAUGCCCCGGUACGACUCUCCGGCCCAGUUUGAAACGACCUCCGACACGAGGACGCAACCUUCCAGGGUUGAGGACCGACACCCGCGGCUUUCAGUGGUGCAGGGGAAGAGCGAUCCCCCCUCGCCUGAGCUGAUUAGGACCCAUCGGGCAGAUACCGUGCCGGCGAAGCUCGAGGCCGGCGGACCGCAGAUGUUGAGCCCCUUGCAGCUCCGGAAUAUCUUGGACUCGCCGUCCAAAGACAGCCUUCUGCUGCUGGAUCUCCGUGUCGCCACCCACUAUUCUGCUGCGCGGAUCCGUGGCGCCCUCAACCUGUGCAUCCCCACCACCCUACUGAAGCGCGCAACGUUCAACCUGCAGAAGCUGCAGCAGACGUUUGCCGAUGACCAGGCUCAGGAAAGGUUUGCCUCUUGGCAGGACAUGCAGUACCUGGUUGUGUACGACUCGAGCUCCUCCGACAAGCGAGAUGCCGUCGCCCCCAUGAACAUGCUCAAGAAGUUCACCGGUGAGGGGUACGAGGGCCAUGCAUGCAUCCUGCGAGGCGGCUUCAACAGCUUCGCCGCCGCCUAUCCAGACUUUAUCGACCAGAGCUCCACCUCCUCUGGUCCUACUUCGCCGCUCCUGUCGCUCACCUCUGACGGCAAGAGGCGGCCCAAUAUCGCGCCCGUCAUUGGCGGCGUGGCACUGCCUCAGGCUAGUAACAAUCCGAACCCGUUCUUCUCCAACAUCCGCCAGAACAUGGACCUCGCCGAUGGCGUCGGACAAAUGGACGUCUCUGUGCCGUCUCAGAUCGAUCCCGCUGGGAUGCCGCGAUGGCUGCGCGAUGCUGCUGAGACCGCGGACCACGGCAAGAAGGUCUCGGACAACUUCCUCCAUAUUGAGCUGAACGAACAGUCGCGGAUGAAGAACGCUUACUCCGCCUUCCACGUGGGGCCUGGUAGCGUCGGCGGUCGACAGUCCUCGGGCAAAGUGCAGCUUUCUGGUAUCGAGAAGGGCGUCAAGAACCGAUACAAGGAUAUCCUGCCCUUUGAACAUGCCAGAGUCAGGCUGCAGGGACGGACCGCAGGUGAUUGCGACUAUGUCAACGCCAGCCACGUCAAGGCGAGCAGGAGCAACAAGCGAUAUAUCGCGAGCCAAGGCCCGCUGCCUGCUACCUUUGAGGAUUUCUGGUCGGUCAUCUGGGAUGAGGACGUGCGCGUCAUUGUCAUGCUCACCGCCGAGUCGGAAGGUGGACAGCUCAAGUGCCAUCCGUACUGGACCAGCAGGGAAUACGGGGCUAUUAAGCUGCGGCUGCUUAGCGAGAAGAAGGUAUCGCUUGAUAUCGACAAGCACCGGUCAAACUCGACGAUCCCGUCUGUCUCUUCCGUCUCGAACAACGCGAGCACGACGCCUCUCGGCUCAACCCCUUCGGUCGCCGCGGAGCUUGGCCGGCGUCGCGCCAAUACCAUCGUCAGUGGUACGCCGACGCCCGCCGCGCAAGCUGGCUCGAGUGGCAGCGCUAGUAGCCAGAGCGAGACGCCGUUUGUCAUCAUCCGCAAAUUUGCUCUCAGCCACGAUGCCCACCCGUUCGCACCCAUCCGCGAGAUUACGCACCUCCACUAUCCCUCCUGGCCGGACUUUGGCGCCCCGGCCCAGCCGUCGCACCUGUUGGCUCUUGUCGAGCUCGCAAACGUGAUGCAGCGCGCCGCUCUGCCCAUCGAUGUCCCCUCGGCCCUGGCGUCCGCUUCCUCGGAACGGGUUUCCACCUUGACGCCGCGGUCCACGUCGUCGUCGCUCAGCUCGGCCAGCAGCACCCGGUCCAAGACGGACGCCAUCCCCGUGACGUGGCACGACGAGCCCGAGGCCGACGCCCAGGCGCGGCCGAUGCUCGUGCACUGCUCUGCCGGCUGCGGCAGGACGGGCACCUUCUGCACCGUCGACAGCGUGAUCGACAUGCUCAAGCGGCAGCGCCUACAGGCCGUGAAGCGGGCGAACGAGACCAUCGCCGCCCGGGAGAGCAAGAUCCGCAGGACGCAGGCGAUGCAGCAGGUCACCGACGGCGACGGGGAUGUCCCCAUGGACGAGAGCGUUUCGAUGAUGACUGCUCAGGCCCAGGCCCGGGACGACGACGAGAUGGUCAGCCCGCGGACGACGGACAAGUCGUUCUUCCCGCCCCUGGAGAACAGCGGCGAACGGCCGCCGAUGUCGAAUCACAGCUCGGACGAGACGGUGUCGGCCGAGAGGGACUCGUCGUCCUAUAUCGACACGCGCUGGCUCGAGGACGACUCGGUCGACCUCAUCGCCAGCACGGUCGAGGACUUUCGCACGCAGCGCCUGAGCAUGGUGCAGUCGCUACGGCAGUUUGUGCUCUGCUACGAGACGGUCAUCGAGUGGAUCGCCCGGCUGCAGGACCGCGGAGGCAACGGCGGCGGGCCGGGCCCCAGGGGCCGGAUGCGCAGCGGGAGCCUGCAGGUUGGGCAGCGGCCUAAUUGA